AUGAUGAUGAUGGCGCUGAGCAAGACCUUCGGGCAGAAGCCCGUCAAGUUCCAGCUGGAAGACGACGGCGAGUUCUACAUGAUCGGCUCUGAGGUGGGAAACUACCUCCGUAUGUUCCGAGGUUCUCUGUACAAGAGAUACCCCUCGCUCUGGAGGCGACUAGCCACUGUGGAAGAGAGGAAGAAAAUAGUUGCGUCGUCACAUGGUAAAAAAACAAAACCUAACACCAAGGAUCAUGGAUACACAACCCUGGCCACCAGCGUGACCCUGCUGAAAGCCUCCGAGGUGGAGGAGAUCCUGGAUGGCAACGAUGAGAAGUACAAGGCCGUGUCCAUCAGCACCGAGCCCCCCACCUACCUCAGGGAACAGAAGGCCAAGAGGAACAGCCAGUGGGUGCCCACCCUGCCCAACAGCUCGCACCACCUGGACGCCGUGCCCUGCUCCACCACCAUCAACAGGAACCGCAUGGGCCGUGACAAGAAGAGGACCUUCCCGCUCUGCUUCGACGACCACGACCCAGCCGUGAUCCACGAGAACGCGUCCCAGCCCGAGGUGCUGGUCCCCAUCCGACUGGACAUGGAGAUUGACGGGCAGAAGCUGCGGGACGCCUUCACCUGGAACAUGAAUGAGAAGCUGAUGACCCCGGAGAUGUUCUCAGAGAUUCUCUGUGAUGACCUGGAUCUGAACCCUCUGACGUUCGUGCCGGCGAUCGCCUCCGCCAUCAGACAGCAGAUCGAGUCCUACCCCACGGACAGCAUCCUGGAAGACCAGUCAGACCAGCGCGUCAUCAUCAAGCUGAACAUCCACGUGGGGAACAUCUCCCUGGUGGACCAAUUCGAGUGGGACAUGUCGGAGAAGGAGAACUCGCCCGAGAAGUUUGCUCUGAAGCUGUGCUCCGAGCUGGGGCUGGGCGGGGAGUUCGUCACCACCAUCGCCUACAGCAUCCGGGGACAGCUGAGCUGGCAUCAGAAGACCUACGCCUUCAGUGAGAACCCCCUGCCCACGGUGGAGAUCGCCAUCCGGAACACGGGCGACGCAGAUCAGUGGUGCCCGCUGCUGGAGACCCUGACGGACGCAGAGAUGGAGAAGAAGAUCCGGGACCAGGACCGGAACACAAGGCGGAUGAGGCGUCUGGCCAACACGGCCCCAGCCUGGUGA